AUGGAAUCCACCACUCCACCACCUAUCCGCAUAGCGAUCAUCGGUGCGGGAAUCGCAGGCUUGACAUUGGCAAAUGCACUCAAAACCAAGAAUCCAUCUAUAAACCUCACCAUCUACGAGUCUCGUCUUCGAUUCUCGGAAAUUUCAGCCGCUGUUGCGUUUGGUCCUAAUGCCGUACGUGCUUUAUCUCUCAUAUCACCGGAAUUAGCGGAUGCGUAUCAUAGUGUUGCGGUCCCUAAUCUGGCGGGGGAUCGGGAUCUAUGGUAUACGAUUCGUGACGGGAUGAGUGGGAAGGUCCUUAGGAAGGUGGAGAUGAGGGGGGGCUUCGAAUAUGGUAGUGCGUCUAGGUCGAAGUUUCUGGCGAGGUUGGUGGAGAUGUUGCCUGGUGAUGUUGAGGUGCAGUUUGGGAAGAGAAUUGUGGAUGUUGAGGAGUUGGAGGGGGAGGGUAUGAGGAUGAGGUUUGAGGAUGGAAGUGAGGCAUGGGCGGAUGCGGUGGUGGGUUGUGAUGGUAUUCGGUCUAGGAGUCGACGGUUACUGCUUGGAGAUGAUGAUUUAGGUGCGGAUGCCGUGUACAGUGGAAAGUAUGCGUAUCGGAAAGUCUUGUCUAUGAAGACUGCGAUCGCUGCUGUCGGAGAAGGGUUGUUGAAUCGACAGAUGUUUGUUGGGAAAAGUGGUCACGUUUUGACGCAUCCGAUCAACAAUGGAAAUGCACUGAAUGUUGUUGCCUUUCGAGAUGCGGAUGGUGUUCCUUGGAAGCAGAGACAGUGGGUCGUUCCGAGCUCAAAGGAAGCUGUCUUGAAAGAUUUCGAUGGUUGGGGUGGUGAUGUGGUUAAGAUACUACAGUUGGUUGAAGAUCCCGAGAAAUGGGGCUUGUUUGAUACAACACCCGCGAGGACAUACAACAAGGGCAAUUUCUGUAUUCUUGGAGAUGCAGCUCAUGCUUCAACACCUCACUUGGACGCAGGUGCAGGCUUUGCUGUUGAAGAUGUUUAUAUCCUGUCUAGUCUGUUGACGGAAAAGUUGGUCGCAUCGGCCUCUGAUCUCAAGCAUGCAUUUUCGGCAUGGAGUCAAAUAAGACGUCCAAGAUGCGAAGAGUUGAUUAAUAGAUCCAGAAGACAGGGGAUACUGCUUGAGUUGACAAAGGAAGAAGGUUUCGAGUCUGGUGAGGAGGAGCUGUUGGAUGAUCUGGAACACAACCAGGAGUGGGUGUGGGAUGUUGAUCUUGAGAAGAUGCUAGAGCAGAGUAUCUCGAUGUUGGACAUUUCUAAAGAGGAUGACGCAUAUCCACCAGUCUUCUGA